AUGGCAAUUAUUUCAAAGCUGGUUGCUACAGCUUUUUCAUUAUUUAUGCUGCUUGCAUUAUUAUUAUUAAAUAAUUAUCAACUUGUAAAUGCACAAAUUACAGCUACCAUUUCCGUUGGAAGUUCAAGUUUAUUUCUAGUCUAUGAUUUUAUAGUCGUUGGUAGUGGUUCCUCUGGUUCUAUUAUUACUGAUAGAUUAUCAGAAAAGGGAUAUUCUGUAUUAGUUUUGGAGGCAGGUAAAAAAUCGAUUGCAGGGUUGGGUGGAGAAGACUAUGUUGGUACAAGAGGUACUUUAAACCCAAAGAAUAACGAGUAUACUGCCAAUCGACCAGUCACUGCAUUUGACGUGCCACUCUACUGGCAAAAGGCAUCCAUCACUGGUCCACGUUGGGAUAUUCAAGGUGCUCAAGUAGCCAAAAUGAUCGGUGGAUGUGGUGUUCACAAUGGAAUGGUUUUCCAAAGAGGUAAAACUGAUGAUUAUGAUGAUUGGGGUGUUCCUGGAUGGAAUUGGACAACAAUGGAACCAUAUUUUAAAAAAGUUUAUACUAUUAUGGAUAGUCAUUUAGUUAGUAGUAAUAAACAUGGACACCAAGGUAAGAUCAAGGUUGGCACUCGACCAUUUGAUCAAGAGGGAAGAAACUUUUUGUUGAGUUGUAAUUCGAGUGGACUGCCAUACAACAAUGAUUUCAAUGGAAACGAAUUUAGAGAUGGAUGUGGGUAUUGGCAAUUCAACAUUAAUGACAAGGGUGAGAGAUCGACACCAGCCCACGAGUAUUUGACCAAUGCUACCAAACGUCAAAAUGUCCAACUAUUGACCUCUGUCACCGUGCUGCGUGUCAGAUGGAGAUAUAAUAUUAUUUUGGCCAAGUACGAGGCUAGCGGUGUCGAGUUUAUCCUCACCAACAACCCAACGCAAGUCUACUAUAUCCAAUGUGCCAAAGAGGUCAUCUUGACGGCCGGUGCACUCAACACACCCAAGAUACUCAUGAACUCGGGUGUUGGAGAUGCCGCUCAACUCGCUCAAUACACACAACAUAUCCCCACACUCAUCAAGCAUCUGCCAGGUGUCGGACGGAACCUACUCAACCACUUUUUAAUCUUUACUAUCCAUCAUUACAACGACACCUCUGACGAACGUCCAACCAUGUACGACUUGUUUGGUAUCGACCUGCAAUACAGUACGAUGGGCACGGGUAUCUUUGCUACACCCGGGUACUCGGUCGGUGCAUGGUUGCGUCCCAACGGCACAGGUGGAGAGGCCGAGAAUGUCAUGCUCAUCCAGCCCGGUGUCAUUGGUCAGUCUGUCCCAUUCAAGGCCAUCUCGAUGGCCAUCAGCAUCUCCAAACCCCAACCCAACAACCACUACCUCACACUCAACACCAACCAGACUGGCUCUCGCAUCGACUUUUUCCAGAGACCACCUCUACUCAACUUUACACUUCUCAACAAACAACAAGACAUUGAUACCCUUGUCAGAGGAUUUAAAGAGGCCAGACGUAUCCUCUCACAUCCACCCAUGUCCAACUAUGUCGCUCAAGUAGUCCCUCCUGCCAACGUUGUCUCUGAUGCCGAUAUCGAAGACUUUGUUAAAAGUUCGGCUGUUUCUCAUGAACACUGGUCUGGCACUGCCAAGAUGGGAACCGAGUUUGAUCCAAUGGCCGUUGUCGACAACAAGCUCCGAGUAAUUGGAGUACGAGGAUUAAGAGUCUGUGAUGCAUCAGUCUUUCCAAAACUACCCCACUCUCUUAUUCAUGCUACUGUCAUGACAGUUGCUGAAAAGGCUGCCGACAUUAUCAUCGAUGAUUAUGAUCUAUUUAAUUAA